AUGGAAGGCAAUAUGCCGGUCCAGGCAUGUCGGCCCGUCACCGAGACGGUGUCGAAAGACGGUCUGGUCAUCCCAAUUAUCGACUUUGGUCCCUUCCUUAAUGGCACUCCAGCCGACAAGCACGCCGUCGCCAUGGCCGUCGUCGAUGCCUUCAAGAAUAGCGGCUUCCUGUACCUCAAAGACCAUGGCAUUCCACCUUCCGUGACCUCCAAAGUCUUCAAGUCCUCUGCAUCAUUCUUUGGAAGAUCCCAAGACCAGAAGGAUACGCUGGGCUGGACGACCCCGCAGGCGAACCGUGGUUAUGUUCGCACGGGCCGGGAGAAACUAAGCACGGUCGACCGUCAAACGGACCGCACGAUCCCUGAUAUGAAAGAGACCAUGGAGAUUGGCCGCGAGGGCGUCGAGGGUCUCCCGAACCGCUGGCCGGAUCAUCUUGAUGACGAGGGGAAAGACUUUAAAGAGACAAUGCUCGAGUUCUUUGAGAAAUGCAAGGAGCUGCAUAUCAAAGUUAUGCAAGCUAUUGCAUUGGGUAUGAGUCUGCCCGUGCACUUUUUUGACGAGUACGUUGACAAUGGCGAUAAUAACCUGCGUCUUCUACAUUACCCGGCUGUGCACAAGGACGUCUUCGCAAAGAACCCGGGGCAAGUGAGGGCUGCGGAACAUAGUGAUUACGGGUCUAUCACACUUCUGUUCCAGGAUCAGCGGGGAGGACUCCAGGCAAGGAGUCCGGAGGGAACUUGGGUUGAUGUGACGCCGUUCCCUGAUACGGUUGUUAUUAAUGCGGGUGAUUUGCUGGCCAGGUGGUCGAAUGAUACUAUCAAGAGCACGAAACAUAGGGUUAUCGAGCCGCCCAAGGCGCAUGGCGAGGAGGACAAGGACUUCGAUAUGUAUCCAGAGCGGUACAGUAUUGCGUACUUCUGCAACCCUAACAUGGAUAAGUUCAUCGAGGCCAUUCCCGGUACCUACGGGGAAGGGGCGGAUAUUAGCAUGGCGAAAUAUCCAGGAAUAACAUCUGGUGACUACUUGGUACAGCGCCUUUCUGCAACAUACUAA